AUGCGCAGUGCCCCUCAUAUUUCGUCCACCACCUACCGGGCCUACGCCCUGUACUCUUCCAGCUUCGCGCACGCCUACCUCAGCUGGGCGGUCUACCUGGCAGACAGACUGUGGGAGUCAUUGCUCAAGCUGCACUAUGAUCUCGAGAACCUUCAAUGUCACGACUCCAAGUCCAAGCCCCUCCACCAGUGUACCAAGGCCCUGCCGCUGCUCUACCAGCACGGCAUCACGCCGCCAGACGGGACAGUGCAGUCCUCACUCACGUGUUCGGCUGCCGUCACCAAGCUGGGAGAUGUGGUCGCCGGAAAGCCUAUCGCAAGCCUCAUGACCGCCAUGGACGAGUUCCUAUACCGCAUCCGUGCGCCCUUCCUCUACACCAUCACAGCACUCUGGCUCAUCGCCACGCUCUACAUCCUCCACUCACUCCUCUACCGCAUGGACGUCCUGCGCAUCCGCUCCCACCUCCUCACCACCAGGGCCUCACACCUCAUCGACGUCAAGGCGCUGCUCGCCGGCAGCCGCAGGAUGCUCUCACUCUACAAAGACGUCGACUACUUCGACGAUGACCUUCACUCAUGA